AUGGAAGAACUCCGCGAACAGCUCUCGCAGGUCGAGAAGUGGUUGGCGGCAUGCAAGCAGCAAGCAGGAAAAGAUGCCCUAGAGAAGCAAGAGCGUGAGCAUGAUAUGCAAGCGAUCGAUAGUGAGAUCGGCAGUCUAAUAGAACGGUCACAGGACGCCUCUCCAGACGACAGACCAGUGUACCAGGAGGCGCUACAGAUGACUAUUGAUACGUCGAACGCAAUUCGUCAGUCACUACAGGAUGCCUGUCUUUCUUUCGACCAAGCAGAGGUAGAACUCAAGCGGGCGGAAUGGCUUUUCAAGAAGGCUCGCUGCGACAUCAAGAACAAGGAGCUGAUCGAUCACGCUUGGGACAAUCAUACUGGCAUACCAGAACGCUGGGGUCAAGCGAGGUUCCUCGAAAGGAAGCGAGAGAAAGAGGAGCAAGAGCGUCAAGAAUGA